AUGGGUUCUAAGCAUCAUCCUGAUUUGAUUAUGUGCCGGAAGCAGCCGGGAAUCUCUAUCGGACGGCUAUGUGACAAGUGCGACGGCAAGUGUCCUAUUUGUGAUUCCUACGUGAGACCUUGCACCCUGGUUCGCAUAUGCGACGAAUGCAACUACGGCACGAAUCAGGGUCGCUGCGUCAUUUGCUCCGGACCAGGCGUGUCUGACGCUUAUUACUGCAAAGAAUGCUGCCAAUGUGAGAAGGAUCGCGAUGGUUGCCCCAAGAUUGUCAAUCUGGGAAGCGCCAAAACGGACCUGUUUUACGAGCGGAAGAAAUACGGAUUUAAGCAGACCUAA